CUCUUGAAGGUGCAGGAGAUAAUCAGGAAGAAAAUUUACCGGGAACUGAUUUGUCAAGGCCGAAUUUUUCAGGCAAUGCCUCUUCCUUCAAUGACAGGGAGGGGGAAUUACCAGCACCUGAUGAGGAAAUCACGCAGGAUUUUGCGAGCCUUGCCGGACUUUCUUUGCAAGAUAAACGAUGGUGUCUCCGCCAGACAGCAUAUGCACUAGCAGUUUGGGAUCCAGUGUUUCCUCACCUGAAGCAAGUAUUGCAGAUAGUUUGAAAGACCUAGCAGAAGAGAUCAACUCUAGCUGCAGAGAUGAUGGGGCUACAUGUACGGAUCCUUCAUCCCAAAGUGAUCCCCGACAGAUCACUGAAAUUACACAUGAAGGGGCCAAAUAUAGCCAGAGUAUUCCUGUAAUGCCACUUAGAGGUGAGACAACUGAGCAACCGAAUGAUGGGGCAUCUACAAGGGAUCAAGAUAUAGCUUUCCCUGUUUUCGCUUCAGACACCUUGGAUAAGGAAACAGAGCUGGAGUAUAGAGGUAAAAAUGAGAUGCCCACAUCCCGAAAUAUCAUUGAUGAUGGAUAUAGUGAAGCUCCUAAUCCCAAUGGCCAUGCUGGUGGUCGAGUUUCCAGGGGUAAAAAUGCUUACGCAUUGUCUGUACUGAGGCGCAUAGAGAUGAAACUAGAUGGCCGAGAUAUUGAUGAAGCCAGAGAAGUGAGCACAGCGGAGCAGGUGGAUUAUCUAAUCAAGCAAGCUUCUAGCGUGGAUAACCUUUGCAACAUGUAUGGAGGGUGGACACCGUGGAUUUGAGUUUGUGACGACAGCGAUUCGGAUGGGAUUUGGGAGCUGCAUUCUCAAAACAUCACAUGGUGCAAUGUGCAGCAUACUGCAUUUGCAUGCAAAUUCCAACUCCUGAACUCAAUGGAGCCAAAAUGGAUACGAGCAAAACUGGGAAUAAGCAAAUGGUGUGUCAAAGUGCUGGUCAAACUUGUUUCAAAUCUCGCUGUCUGGUGAGUGAGUUGCAGCACAUUGAUUGCCAGGUCAAUUUGGUACUUUGGUUUGGGCUUGGACUAGGAAUAUAAUUUCUGCUCAUCCUGGCUCGAUACAUAUAGCUCCAAAUUACUUGGACUCGCACCGAGAGAAACCAUGUGAUGGGAGUGCUUUACACCUCUCCUCUCUCCCUGGGAACUGGUGGUCUCUCGGAGUCUCACAGCAGGAAGUCCUCUGUCUGGUUUUUCUUGUUUUGAUGAUGAUGGCAGUACGAGGACUUGAAGAAGAGCCAUUUAACUUCGUGGCUCCAUCAGCGGGAUAGGAGCCUUCCAAGUUCUUGAUUGGUUUAUAGAGUUGGAAAGAUGGACAGCUUUGGAUGCUUACACCACACGUUGCGAAGGCUAAUCAGUUGGCUGGAGAAUGAUGGCCAGGGCUUGUCCAGUGGGAAAUGAGCCAAAAGAAGGAUAACUGUUUCCGGAAACAAUUCAUUGUAUCACACCGCAACGUUUGCGGCCCCAUAAGGAGACUUAUGGGGUUUAGGCAAUUGCACACGUUCCCUCCAACUCAAGGACGAUCUCUCUUGUUCCGUGAAAAUAGGUGAUGGCUGCAUGUCGAGCACUUCGGUUCUUCCAGUUCCUUUGGCAUUCUCAGUUAUAACGCGGUUGCGGGCCAAGUUAUACCGCGUUACGAGCAACUGGAGUGUGUUGCAUAUUUUGUAGUUGAACUAUGUUCUUUCCAAA